CAUAUCCUCUGCCCAUUUGUUAAUCAGUUUAUUUGCUUUUUGGGUGUUGAGGCGUGUUAGUUCUUUAUAUAUUUUGGGUGUUAACCAUGGGUUAUUCACUUCUGAUGCCCCUGUCCACCUCCCACUUCUCUCUUGUCCAGCCCAGUACCUUCAGGGAAUGUGGAGUGGGUGCCAGUGGGCAUGGGACCCUCUGCUGGGGCCCAGUAUCAUGAGUUUGCAAAUGUAAAAUAAAAGAAUGAAUGAAUCUUCUGUAUUUUCUAAUUUACAAUUUAAAUUAACAUCCUUCCAAAUCCAUAAAAAUGUGAGUGUUUUUAAAAUACAAACACCAGAAAAAAAGUAUUCCACAUCUGUUAAUUUCUAUAAUGAUACACAACUUUUUUCAGAUACUCAAAUGGCAUUUUAUGUCCUUAAAUAUAAUUUUAUACAUUUGUCCAUAUAGGCACUGUAUUUUGUUACAUUUAUUCCUAAGUGUUUUUCCCAAUUAAAAAAAAGUUCAAACCUGUAGAAGAAAGGAACACCUCAUUUACCCUUCAUCCUGGACUGAUCAGUUGUUAACAUUUCGCCAUAUUUGCACACUCUCUCUCUCUUUCUCUUACAAAGCAUUUGAAAGUAAGUUUCUGAAACUGGAUCACUCCACCCCUAAAAAAUUCUGCAUGUGCUAAAAGCAAGGACAUUUUCCUAUGUAAUCACAAUGCCAUUAUCACACCCAAUAAAUUUAAUAAAGAUGACAUACAAAUUUUUAAAUGUAAUUUAAUUCAGAGAGGAAUAUGUUGAGAAUAAAUUGAAUGUUCACAGCUUACUUCCAGUUACUGGAGAAAUUUAACCUCUCCAUCCUGGUUGACUUAAUUAGCAAUGUCACUGGUUGACAUUGGUUUGCAUUCGUGCCAGUCUGGGUUCUGCCCCAGCCUUCAGCAUCUCACCUCACCCCAGGGAAAAUACUGAGCUUUUCAUAUCCUAGGCACUGGGUCUGUAAAGAGACAGGCUCAGAUAAGGCUGCAUGCAGCCUUUCUCCUUCAGAGGCUGGCUUCUAGCCUCUUCAGCUAAAGUCUAGCCUCUUCAGCUAAAGUCAUGAAUAUUCUAAUACUAGACUAGUUUUGGAGAGAUCUGGAAACUGGAGGAAAGCAAGAAAAAGCAUAGCUUAUAGCUGUCGUCGUGUUUCAACUCAAACACAGAGCAGAGCAUCAUGUAGAUAUAUUUUCCACAGUAAUGUUGUGUUCUUAUUUGCUCUGCCUUCUGAGCUGGCAUUUCUAAUCAAGGGCAUUGUGUUGACAAGUAUAAGUAAACAAGAACAUUGCUAGUGUGUUCUGUGAUUGGUAAUUUGGCACUAACAAAAAUACAAAUACCCCUACUCUAUGCUCUAGUAUUCUAUAUAUGCUUGCAUGAGAAAUCAUGUAUGUUCACAGUAAUUUACUGCAGCAGUAUUUGAAAAAGAAAAGAUUGGAAAUGCGGGAAUUAAUAAAGGGAAACCUCUCUAAAAUGAAAUAGGGAAGCCAGAAAAGGGAGCCCAGUGCCACUCAAUGUCAAUUAUAGGAAGAAUUGUCAAUUAUAGACCCCAACAAUAAAAAGUCAAUUACAGGUCCAAAAAGGAAAAGAUGUACUUUGCAUCCCCUACAAGAAAUCUAUUACGCCUGCAACUCAGCCACUGAGAAAUCAUUAACUCCUCCCAACUUCCCCAUAAAUUAAUGGUUCCUCCGCUUUGUUGGACUUGGCUAUGGCUUUGCCAUAGCUCCAUGUGUUGGAUUAGUUUUUUGUUUUUCCCUUAUAAACCCAUUUUUGCUAAUAAAAUUACUGUUUUGUUUUUUAGGUUAACAUAACAUGACCAUUAAUGAGGUAUUUAUUAAUAAAUUAUGACACAUAUAAACAAUUGUAUACUAUGCAUGUGUUUAAAAAAAAAAAAGCAAGAUAGAGAAGCACUUUAUGUACGAUGUCCAAAAUGGUAGGUGGAAAAUAAGCAAGGUGCAGAAAUGCUACUAUGUAAGGACGCGGGAGGAGGAGCGAGGGUAAUACAUACAUGCUGAACCGAUAUAUAUGUCACGAAAAACAUUGGUUGUCCAAACCAGUUUCUUUCUAAAUUUUGAACCAGGUGAAUAUAUUAUUCAUAUUACUUAUUUAAUAAUUAAACCGAAAAAAAAUCUUGAGUUGGAAAACGUGUUUUUGAAAAGAGCAAAGACGUGCGUGAGGGGCCAAAAGCUCCGCCAGUGAAGCUUACAGGACCGGAGAGCUUCGCGGACUCGGGUCGCCGCCACCGAGGUGAGGAUUCCUAGAGUGGCCCGGAAGUGCCCUGUUGACAGCGGCCGGGCGCUGAAUGGCUUGUCUAGCCUUUGUUCCGGGCCCCAAAGGGCACUAGCUGUGGCACCUGUCCCUCCCUAUCAGGGUGUGAGCAGCUUUUGUCAUUUCUCCUCAUUUUUCAUUAGACAAGAUUCUAAGAGAUUCUUUUUGAAUCAAGCCCAGAUAGAGGAUUACACUCCUGAAAAACAGCCUAGAAUGGCCACAGCCCUGGAACCUAAGGAACAAAAAGGACUUCUCAUAGUUGAAGCAGAAGACCAUUCCUGGGGACAGGACUCCAUCUCCCAAAAGUGCUAUCUUCAUAGGAGGGAACUCUUCAGGCAGCACUUUAGGAAGCUCUGCUAUCAGGAUGCACCUGGACCCCGUGACGCUCUUACCCGUCUCUGGAAGCUUUGCCGCCAGUGGCUGAGGCCAGAAUGCAACACCAAGGAGCAGAUUUUAGACUUACUGGUGCUGGAACAGUUCCUGAGCAUUCUUCCUAGGGACUUGCAAACAUGGGUGCAGGCACACCAUCCAGAGACUGUAGAGGAGGCAGUCAGUGUGCUGGAAGAUCUGGAGAGAGAGCUUGAACCUCAAAAGCAGGUGACAGCCAAUUCAGGAAAACAGGACACACUCUUGGACAAGUUGGGAAGGCCUCAUGAGUUACUGACUGUCCAGCUCCAUCCCAGGAAGACCCAGCAGGAGCAGGAAUCUGGGGAUACCCAAAGAAAUGGUAAUAAAACCAGAACUAAGAAAGAAGAGUCAUCCCACAAGGAUGAUAUGCCUGAGGACAUGGAAUUCCUUGGGAAGAUAAAAGACAGACUUAACAAAGACAUUCCUCAGCAUUCUGAAUUCAAAGAUGCUAUUGAAAGUGAGGGCAGAUUUGAAUGGCAGCAGAAGGAAAGAAGACACUAUAAAUGUGAUGACUGUGGAAAAAGUUUCAGUCAUAGCUCAGACCUUAGUAAACAUAGGAGAACUUACACUGGAGAGAGGCCCUAUAAAUGUGAUGUGUGUGGAAAAGCCUUCAUUCAACGCUCACAUCUCAUUGGACAUCAUAGAGUACAUACUGGAGUGAAACCUUAUAAAUGUAAAGAAUGUGGGAAAGAUUUUAGUGGACGCACAGGUCUUAUUCAGCAUCAGAGAAUCCACACAGGUGAAAAACCGUAUGAAUGUGAUGAGUGUGGGAGGCCCUUCCAUGUAAGUUCAGCCCUUAUUAGACAUCAAAGGAUUCAUACAGUAAAUAAGCUCUACUAAUAUGUGGGAAGUAACAAAAGUUCUUUAGAUGAUCAGGCCUAGUUAGUUAUCAGAGAAUCUAUCCUAGGGACCUUAUGAUUAUCCUGAAUGUAAACAAAAUUUCAGUCAUCAUUAAAAAUUUCUCUGGCACCACA